GACUACAUUGCCAUCUAUCAUUACGUCCAGCACGCCCUUGUCGCUCACGGCAGGGUUUGGAUAAGGCUGCGACUCGCUGAGGGCAUUGAUAUUGAGAUAAUUCAUACGCUCCGAUCGAAUUAUCGUCGAACAUGGAAUAAUCGCGCAGGCGAAUCGCACUUUAACAGUCCCGCAUCCCGGCCAUAUCAAUAUCAGACUCACUCCUUACACGACGUCGCAAUGGACAUGUCCGAUUUUAAAUCGCUCAGGCGCUGGGGCGACCUCCCGCGAAAGAUUUCGCAUUGUUCCCGAAUGACAUAUAUGGUAUUUUUGGCAUUUUGUGGGUUAUUUCUGGUCAGUUUGUCGUGGGUACUUUUACGACCGCCGACGUUAGAUUCAUCCUCUCUCGAAAAUACGACCGGCAAGGUACCUGCAGCUGCGCCCACGGUUGCUCACUUACCGACUCCCACUCCGGAACUUUCGUCAGUCACUAUCCAUCAAUCUGACGAAGGCACCAGCCAUGUCGACCACUCUGCGACACCGCUGGUAAAGCCCGACGGGGUCCGCAUUGUGGGAGUCGUGUUCUACGGGCGUCGCGAUCGCUCUUCGUUACUUGAAUGCUAUCUGCGAAAGAAUCUGGCAUCAUUUGGAGGUUGGUUAGACGAAGUUAUUUGGGCUGCAAAUACCGAGGAUGCCGAUGAUCUAUCCUACGGAGAACACAUAGCAGGGACAGCGGACGAGUAUACAUUUCUUCCCAUCAAGAACGAGAAUAAAGACGAUGGAUACUUGAAUAUUUAUACACACGCCUUUACAGAACCUGAUACGAUAUAUGUCAAGAUGGAUGACGAUAUUGUUUUCAUCGAUCAAAGCGCUAUCCCGCGGGUAGUCAUGACAUUAAUAAACAACCCACGAGCGCUGCUGGUGUCCUCUAAUGUGGUCAAUAAUCCGGCGCUAGGCUGGGUACACUAUCAUAUGGGUGCUGUACACCCAUAUGUACCGGAAGUCAGACCGGACAGCGACAAUCUCGCCACAAAGGAGAACGGGGUUUGGCGUGCCUCAGAUCUACCCUCGUGGUCGGGUGCGGAAUGGGAGAUGCCGGAACUAGACCACUUCUUCUCACUCUUCGGGGUCAAUGACAGGGCAAACGUGCCCGUUCAUCGAUGGAUACCUACACGAGACCUCAGUUUGUUAUAUAAGACGCCCGUCGCCAAAUCUGAAUAUAAUGCAUUUGGCAACAAUCUACUUUUCUGGCCUCUAGCCGCACAAGCACACUACUCCUUGUUGCAGAAUAUUGAAGAGAAAAGGCUAGGACGGUAUUUCAUGGUCCAUGGAAGUGACGAAGAAGCAGUAAGUACCUGGGACAUGAGGGGCAGUCGCAUCAGUAUCAAUUUCAUGGUCAUCAAAGGAAAGGAUAUUAUCGAUAACUUGCCAAAUUUGAAAGGGGAUGAUGAAAAUCAGCUUACUGUGGAAUUACCAGCAAGCUUGAAUCGAGCUGUUUUGGUUGAGACCACAUCGGUAGUAGCCCAUUUCUCUUUUGGACCCCAGAAGAAUCUUGCCAAGACCGAUAUUCUUGCUCGGUAUCACAACUAUGCAAACCAGAAUAUCUGCCCUAAUUCCAUCCUGGAACCGGAGAUCCUUCUUGCUACCGAUAAGAUGCCUGGUGUUGACGCUUGAAUCCACCAGUGCCCUUCCACUUCAAACCAAUUCUAGGAGUCUGCUCUGGUUUAGUGCUUAUGGAAUUCGGUCCGAUUUCUUUUCUAUGUACAUAACAUAACCCGCUUGGAAAAGGAUUAUCCCUUCGCGGUGACCGUCUAGUUUUUAUUACGCAAUCUACGCCUGCAUAUACCCGUUCUGCCUGGAUUGGUCGCUAUAUAACGGGAUGACCUAUUUCACCUUCUAUCUUCGUGUAACUUAUGUUGGCUGAUAUUGGAUUUGUCGCCAUACUUUACCUUUCUUCGACUAUUUCUCUUCUACUAUAUCGGCGGUUAUUCUCUCCAUUGACUUAUAUGCUUACGAGAACACGUUGUCUCCGGUGUUUGUCGAGAUAGAAAUCAUAGAUCUCUUCCUCACUUACUAUUUUCCUAAGCAA